CUCCACUCUAUUCUGCUCGCUUUUCCUUUUCGACGUUUCCGACUUUCGAUUCUCUCUGGUAUCUCGCUGAGAGUGGAAGCUCUUUCACUGUAUGUUGAGUUCUUUGUUAUACAUUUCGUGCUUUUACUUGUUGGAGUGGCGUUACUUCGCUUUCGACGAUUCAAAACCCUAGGCUGGUUUCUGUAUUUGGACAUUUAGGGUUUGAAAAUGGGGGCUGAGAAUGGAAAGGGAAAUGACGUUUCUGCUGAAUCACCGACUUCGGUUCUCGAAGAUGAGGAGAAGUGCAAAGAGGAAAUCACUAAGUUGGAGGAGGAAACAGUUCUAGAUGCCAAAAAUGGAGAUACUUCUCUUUUAUCAGAGGCUAUGGUCGAGGAAGAAGAGAAGCUAAGGGAAGCUCGGUUGAAAGAGGAGAUAAAACAAGGGGAGCCUGAAGAGUCAGUGCACUUGAAUGAUACUCAGUUUACUAGAUUGGACGAGCUUUUGACCCAAACCCAGAUGUACUCAGAGUUUUUGCUUGAAAAGAUGGAGGACAUAACAUUUAGUGUACCUAAGCCUGAAGCUGCUCAGACAAAGAGAGGUCGAGGUUCAAAAAGAAGAGCUGCUAACCAGUACAACAAUAGGAAGGUCAAGAGGGCAGUUGCAGCAAUGCUUACAAGAUCUAAAGAGGGAGAGACUGAGAACGCUGAAGAUGAAAACUUGACUGAGGAGGAAAAAAAUGAGAAGGAGCAGGGAGAACUUGUACCAUUGUUGACUGGUGGAAAAUUGAAGUCUUAUCAGCUUAAAGGUGUGAAAUGGUUGAUCUCCUUAUGGCAAAAUGGGCUAAAUGGGAUCCUUGCAGAUCAGAUGGGUCUUGGAAAGACAAUUCAAACGAUUGCUUUUCUUGCACAUUUGAAAGGAAAUGGGAUGAAUGGGCCUUAUUUGAUUAUUGCUCCUUUGUCGACUCUUUCUAAUUGGAUGAAUGAGAUUGCAAGGUUUACGCCCUCAAUUAAUGCCAUUAUUUAUCAUGGAACUCAGAAAGAAAGGGAUGAGAUUCGUAGGAAGCACAUGCCUAAAGUAAUUGGCCCCAGUUUUCCAGUAGUUGUUACUUCUUAUGAGAUGGCAAUGAAUGAUGCAAAGAAAUUUUUGAGGCAUUAUGAGUGGAAAUAUGUUGUGGUUGACGAGGGGCACAGAUUGAAAAACUUCCAAUGCAAAUUAGUGAAAGAAUUGAAACACUUGCGUGCUGGCAAUAAGCUCCUCUUAACUGGAACUCCUCUGCAGAACAAUUUGGCAGAGCUAUGGUCAUUGUUAAAUUUCAUUUUGCCUGAUAUUUUUCAAUCUCAUGAAGAAUUUGAGUCAUGGUUUGAUUUUUCGGGAAAAAGUAAUGGUGAGGUGUCAAAGGAAGAAAUGGAAGAGAAACGAAGGGCUCAAGUGGUAGCUAAACUCCAUGCUAUAUUGCGCCCCUUUCUCCUUCGAAGAAUGAAAUCUGAUGUGGAGCAGAUGCUCCCUCGUAAAAAAGAGAUCAUAUUAUAUGCUUCGCUGACUGAGUACCAAAGGAAUUUCCAAGAUCAUUUGCUUAAUAAAACUUUGGAAUCACAUCUACGAGAUAGGGGUGACUCGGGGCGUGGUAUGAAAGGGAAGCUUAACAAUUUGAUGAUUCAGCUUCGGAAGAAUUGUAACCAUCCAGAUCUCCUAGAAGCUGCCUUUGAUGGAUCAUAUUUUUAUCCACCUGUAGAGCAGAUUGUCGAACAGUGUGGGAAAUUUCAAUUGCUUGAACGGUUGUUGACUCGGUUAUUUGAGCGUAAACACAAGGUUCUCAUCUUUAGCCAGUGGACGAAGGUUCUGGAUAUAAUGGAUUACUAUUUUAGUGAAAAUGGAUUUAAUGUUUGUAGGAUUGAUGGUAGUGUGAAAUUAGAAGAAAGGAGAAGACAGAUCCAGGAGUUCAAUGAUGUGAACAGUGACUAUAGGAUAUUUAUUCUCAGCACAAGGGCAGGAGGUCUGGGUAUCAACCUGACUGCAGCUGAUACGUGUAUACUUUAUGAUAGUGAUUGGAACCCACAAAUGGAUUUGCAAGCCAUGGAUAGAUGUCAUCGCAUUGGACAAACCAAACCUGUUCAUGUUUACAGACUUGCAACAGCACAAUCUGUUGAGUGUCGCAUUUUGAAAAGAGCUUAUAGUAAGUUGAAGCUAGAACAUGUGGUGAUUGGAAAAGGGCAGUUCCACCAAGAACGGAAGCAGAGUAAUGAUCUUGUUGAGGAAGAAGAUCUACUUGCACUACUCCGGGAUGAAGAAACUGCCGAGGACAAGAUGAUUCAGACAGAUAUCAGUGAUGAGGAUCUUGAGAGGAUUCUUGAUCGCAGCGACCUUAUUGCUGAUACUAGUGAUAAAGAGAAGGCCCAGGCUAGUGCUGAUGCAGUUCCCCUCAAAGGCCCUGGUUGGGAGGUUGUGCUACCUACUGGUACUGGAGGCAUGCUCUCAACGCUCAACAGUUAAAUGGGCAUCGACUACCUCUUUUGAUUUUUUGUGGUCGAGCUGAAAUAUAGCUCUAAAGAAAAGCUCUCUUUUUCAUUGAACCAUGGAUUAUAUGAAUGUCCGAGGGAGCUGAUUUUGUAAAUGCCGGCGGUAGACUUACAAAGUAGAAUUAGAUAGCAUCGGUUAUUGAUUAAUUAGUUGUUUAACAACCUAUAACUUUAAGCAAAUUGUCAUUUUGAGGUGAAUUUCAAUUUAUGGAUUUAUGAAUCAAUGAAAUCUGUUGCGAUCUGUC